AUGGCGCGCCGACCCAUCGUUGGUGGCAACUGGAAGUGCAACCCGGAAAGCAUGGCAAAGCUGGAUGGGCUCGUGGAGAACAUGAAUGCCUGCGACGCGAGCAAGUGCGACAUCUAUGUGUGCCCAUCUCCUCUCCAUGUUGCUUACGUCUGUUCCAAGGUCAAGGCUGGCAUCAACGUCUGCCCCCAGAAUUGCAAUUUCAAGGGCUGCGGCGCUUACACCGGGGAAGUGGCUGUGGAGCAGAUGAAGGACUUGAAGAUCGAGUGGGUCCUGAUCGGGCACUCCGAGCGACGUGAGUACUUCCAGGAGUCGAACGAUCUGCUGGCAGAGAAGAUGAAGUUGAUCCUGGACUCCGGGAUGAAGUGCGUCUACGCCAUUGGCGAGAAGCUGCCGGAGCGUGAGAAGGGCCUGGAGUCCACGAUGGCUGUCUGCAUCGAACAGCUCGAGAAGGUCAAGGGCCUACUUGACCCGGCGAAGGUCGUCAUUGCUUACGAGCCUGUCUGGGCCAUUGGCACCGGCGUGACCGCGACGGCCGCACAGGCCCAGGAGACGCACGCGGAGAUCCGCAAGUGGAUUGCAAAGAACGUUAGCGAGGAGUGCGCGGCCGGCAUCCGCAUCCAGUAUGGCGGCUCGGCCAAUGCCAAGAAUGCUCCGGAGCUGUCCGCCUGCCCGGACAUCGACGGAUUCCUAGUCGGCGGCGCAUCCUUGAAGCCAGAGUUCAAGGACAUCGUCGAUGCCAUCAGCACCGCCAAGUCCGGCUGA